GUUAAUACAACAAUAUGGCACUGAAGUUGGGGCAAUUAUAGCACAACAUUGUUGAAAAUUUAUGGUUUUGGUCAUACAUAAACGUGGUUUCACAUUUGAAGUAGUGUCUGCCAUGUAGGAAAGAUAGUGGAUUAUAUGAUCUUGUUCGUGUUCGGGUCAAUGGAAUUGCUUCAUCUCUUAAUGGAGAAAACAAGCUAUUUUGUGCCAAAUGAAUGAUGAAUUCACAUGCCUCCAGGCUCCAGCUUCUGAGGUUUUCAGGCAUGGAUUUGUUCAACUUUAGCACAACUCUGCUAGUAAAACUUCACUCCAGUGAGUCUAGUUAAACAGCUUCUGGUUCUGGGUAUCCAAUCUAAAGAGCAAAGCCCAAAAUCAGUUUGGAAAUGUCAAGGAAACUCGAUACCUAGCUCCUUCUCAAUCAUUGAAACAUCCCAUUCUUUAUUCAUGGUUUUCAAUCCAAUGCAUGGUCAAACAGCAACGUGUCUCUGAUAGUUUUUGUGACCUUUUGCCAAGUGUAACAGAAAAAACCUGCCGUUUAUAUUUUGUUUCCAGGUUCCAAGCUCCUUAUUCUGCUAUUUUACAGCUCAUGACUCGGAACUGAACCGCCUAAAGCUGAUGAUAUACUUGAUCAUCACCCUAUAUCAGCAAACAAUGAACUUAACCCACGUGGUAUAACCCCGACCACCGAAAAUCACGACCUUGGACAACCAGUACUAGAAAGGAAACUGGUGAAAAGAGUUUUGUAGUUUUUUUUUUUUUUUGAAUGAUUCUUCCAUUCACAAUCUAUUCUUUUUAAGGAAACCCCAAAUGAUUUAGAAUAAGCAGUGGUGAGAGCCUUUGCAUCUUUAAUUUCAUCUGAUGUCAACCCAAAGAUUUUGAUUUCUUCUCCUUCUUCUUCCCAGCAAAUAUUCACAUCCUGGUAAGCUUUUCAAUCUUUUUUCCCAAUAUUUUUCCUUCUUUUUUUCUCCAUGAAAAUUGCUUCUUUUUUAGUGGAAGAAAAAUGUCCCAUGUGGAGAUUGUCAUUUGUUGUCUUGACUUUCAACAGAUUUGGUUUUAUCAAAACUUUCAGGUUGGAUUGCAUUAAAAGCAAUAGCAACUUGUAGGGGAUCUGAUUUUGGUUUAGAUUGUAUCAUAUAGAAAACAAAGUUUCAACUCUUGGCACCUUUCUUUACACGGGAAUCAUGGGACUUUUGUGUUUCGACCAAUUUCCCUAUUGCUUCUCUUUUUAUUGUUUGCCAGCUUAAAUCCCUUCAUUGCUUUGAUAGUGUUUUUCUGGUUUUUUUUAAUCUUCGUUUAGCAGAUUGACACCAUAUUGAGGUAUGGAACUAAAUUUUGCAACAAAGACUUUGCAGAUGCCAAUGCUCAAAAUCCCACAAGAAUCAGCCUCUUUAAUCUCUUCUGUAUGGUUUGCAACUCCUGGUGGAUGCAGCAGCCAACCCUUGGCCUAUUGCUGGGUUCAUCCUUCUGCUACUCUUUUCAGCUCAAGAAAGUUUAAAGGACAUAACCUGAAACUUGCUCGCUGUGCAAGAUGCUAUGAUUUCUCCCAUGGAGAACUCUCGAAACAGAUUGAAGGAGAGGUCCAGCCAUUUGAAGAUACCAAUACCAAUGAUGUAGAGAACAAUUACGAAAAGGGCUGUCAAAAGGUCAUAAAAAUGAAUUCUUCAAUGCAGCUUUUACCAUCAAAGGUUGAGUUUCCUGACCCUAGUUUGCUUGGAAUCUGGCCGGAUACGCCGGAUUGGCCUGAGAGAGAUGAGAUUCAUAGGAUUAGAAUUGAGCAGAAAGCAAAUAGUUUUGGUAUUCCCCUUUCUCUAAGGAUCAUAAAGAGAAAGCAAAGAUGGAAAGAGGGUUUUGUGGAUGCAGGAGAGUUUGCAUACUGCUCUGUUAAAAAGGCUGUUUCUUCACUAGUAUUUAUCAUCAGAGAGCUACAAAACCACGCAUUGGUUAUAAGGGAGGGUCUAUACUGUGAAGAUUUACUGGAGAUUAUGACCAAGAUGCAAAGAGACAUGAAUUUAACGUUUGUAUGGCUAUUUCAACAAGUGUUUUCAAAAACACCCACUCUUAUGGUCUAUGUGAUGCUUCUUUUGGCUAAUUUUUCUGUACAUUCUAUGACUGAUAAUGUUCUUGUUGAUGCUACCCAACCAAGAUUCGCUCAAAAGACUAUGCCGGCAACCAUGUCCAUUCUAGAGGAGGAGAGUGAAGAAUAUCCUAAUGCUGUUGCUGAUGAGAUAGCAGAAAGUUCUUUUCUUGAAAAGGUUGAUGAUGAAGAGUUAGACUUAUGGAAGUCAAUGGUGGAGGAGGCUUCAAGAAUGCGAGGAGAGCUAUAUUAUAAGGUUCUUGAUCAUAAGAUUAGGCAACAGUUGGUGUCUCCUCUACAUGUGCAGCUCGAACCAGACAACUAUGAAAUGCAUCUAAGAACGAACCUCAUUUACCAGAUGUUUGUUACUGAGGAGCCAAAUAAUCCUCUUCUGCUCUCAAAUUAUGCUCAGUUUCUUUCCCUUGUUUUCAAGGACCAUGACAGGGCUGAGGAGUGCUUCAAACGUGCUAUUCAGGCAGAACCCCAAGAUGCUGAGGCAUUGGGGCUAUAUGCUGACUUCUUGUGGCAGGUGAGGAAUGAUCAUUGGGAGGCAGAAGAAAGAUACUUACAAGCAGUUGCAGCUGACCCCCAAAACCCUUUCCAUGCAUCCAAGUAUGCCAAUUUCCUUUGGAGCACUGGUGGUGAAGGAACCUGUUUUCCUCUCAGCUCUUCUUCUUAUGACACCGACAAUAAAAUUUCUUAAUCUAAGAUCAUCUUAAUAGCAAUAAGUUUUUUCUGGGUUGUUGUUCAUCUGAUAUUAGUGUAUCAUAUCACAGGCAAAUACCCUAAAAUAUGUCAUCCUGUGAUCAAUGCAGUCAAUCAAAUAUCUAAGAAGAUAGAAACUAGUCCUCAAGAAUUUGUGCACAAAGUAUAUGCUCAAAAAUGCGAUGCUUUUGGAACUAAACAUGUAGAAGUCAUGUAGUCUCUAAUGGGGACAAACCUGGUAUGAUAUUGAAGGCUACUUUCAAAUUUUUUGUUUUAACUUCGCCAAAAAACUCCUUAUUUAUAUGCAUAUACACUUAAUAUGAGUUCAUUUAGAUGGGGAUACUGAGGUAAUGCUGAGUAUUAAUUUGCUACUUCAACUAUAACCCUUGCAAAAUCUUGGUCUAAUUUCAGCGGCAAAUGUUAAAACUUUUUUUAGUUUACUGUGUUUAGAGAUAAAGAGUGAUUAUCCGCUUUACACUGUACAGGCUUGUGGCCAAGACAUUUCUAUGAGAUCACUAUGUAAAAACUUAAUAAUACAUCUGGAGAGAAUGAAGCAGAUGAGUUUCGAACUCAUUGUCCUCAACCAAGUUAUUUUAAUUCGCUUCUCCAUACACGUUUCAAAAAACAAGUCCAAUCUUUCUUCAUCAAAACACUUUUGAUCUUAGAAGUUAAGGCAUUUUCUAAUUUCAAUCCUAAACAAUUAAACUUUGUUUCUCGGUCAUGACCUAUUUAAUCUGCAACAUAGUCAGAAAAGAAAUAGUCAACAGAAGUGAGAAUGCCAUCUUAAAGUGAUGAACUUAAUUAAAGGAGAUCACAUAUUGGAGAUAGAAAAA